AUGAACCCCAGCGAGGAUAGAGAACACAUAAUCUCCAUCCAGUCACAUGUACUUGAUGGGUUUUGCGGAAACAACAUUGCUUCUUUCGUGUUCAGGAGGAGGGGGCACUCCCCCAAAAUCUGCAAUACAGUUCAGUACUACUCCAAGUAUAAGCACGUGGGGGUUGAGAUGAAGCAAGAGGAAAUGAAAACCAUUUUGAGUGCAUUGAAGGCAGACCUAGUCGCCACGUGGGGUGGCAACCGCGGAAGUGGCGUGUACUUCCUGACGGGCUAUAUAAAAACGAAGGAUUGCGUUGAAGAGGUGAGGAGCCACAUCUGGGAGAUGAAGACUCAGUACAAAAAAAAAAAGGACACUCAGAUGGAUGAUUGUCAAGCAGACGCACCGCUGGACAUAGAAGUAAAAACGAACGGCCAUGCUGCUGAAUGGUAUAGCGGGAACUCAUGUGCAGAUGAUUCCUCCUUCGGAAAAUUACUCAACGUAGACUUCCUUUGGAUUUGCGACCCAGUAAUGGGAGACAACGGCAAGCUAUACGUGGAUAAGGAUGUCGUCUUUGCGUACAAAAAGUGUAUUCCCUUUGUUGACAUCAUGACCCCAAACCAGUUUGAGUUAGAGUUACUAUGUGAUAGGAAAAUACAGAAUGAGAACGACGUAAUCACAUGUAUUCGUUUUUUACUAAACAGAGGAGUCAAAUUAAUUGUCGUAACCUCUGUUCAGUAUUUGUUUGAUAAAGACCACCUGUACUCUUAUGUUGGCUACCUGAACAGCCAAGGAGAACUGGUCGCCUUUAAAUAUAAAAUAAUUAGGUUUGAUUUUAAUGCGUGUGGUUCGGGUGAUUUGUUCGCGGCGCUGCUGCUCUCCUUCGUCAUUAGGCACCGUGGAAAUGUCCUGCUCAUUGUUUCGAAGGUUUUGAACAUCGUACAUAAUGUAAUAAAGAACAGUCUAAGCUCUGGGGAAGUGAACAUAAUAGAGAACCAAGAUAUAAUCGCCAGCGACGGACUUUGUGGCAGCUUCAUUAAGGCGGAGCCCGUUUGUACAGCCUAUCCCACACCAUAA